AUGGAUCCCGGGCUCUUGUACCUGUCACAACUGAUCAAGUAUUACCUGUAUAAAGGUUACGUAUGGUGGCACAUGCCGAUGGUGUUGACAAUGGCUUACACGCUGUUUGUAAGGGAACGCCUGCUGGAUUAUGCCAUAUUUGAUUCUUACCCAAACCCUCUACCUCAGGUCAAACGGAGAUGUAAUGAUCCAGUGUUGGGUAGGUAUAUUCUUGAGCCAAGUUCAGGGUGAAGGACAGUUUAAGUGCUAAUCUAAGUCUCGAAAGUGGGGGUAUGAAAUUUCCUAAAGUUAAACUAAGGGAGAGAGAGAUUUUUUAAAAGCCAUGGCUUUUUACCCCAUUCAAGCCUGAAUUUUUUCCGCUGCGACAUGCUGGUUGCGUUACCUAAAAGGUGCCAUGAUCUUUCGCGUGCUAAAUCUUUCUCUUGCAGCUCAGAUAUCUGAAAUUUUUUUUUAACUCACAUUCAUAUCUUCAUCUCAGUCUUUUACGUGCGCUCUGGGGGUACCUGACAGCUCCAAGUUGGCCUGGGCCGAGUUGCUCAAAGCAUGGUUAGCUUUAACCAUUGGUUAAGCAGUAUCAAAACCAAUACGUUGUCAAGGUAUUAAACGCUGGUUAACGUUAACCAUGCUUCGAGCAACCGGGUCCUGAUCGCUAAUUGAUAAGCUCUCUGCACCGGUAUAUCUCAGUUUGUCACGGGUUCGAAUCUUAUUCAAUCCUCAAUUUUUUAAGGCUUUCAUUUUCCAACUACUUACUGUUCCCUACAUAACUAGGAUGAUCUCUCACGUGCUAAAUCAAGGUCGUAGUUACGCGGGCUUCUCAUUAGAGACCUAAAAGACUAUAAUUCGCGGACGAGGACGACUACGAGAUUUGAUUUGAAAUUUUUUCGCGUCUUCUCAAAAUAUAGACUUCCCAGAAAGCUUCAAUUUACCAUUAUUCACUAGAAAAGUUGGCAUUGUUAUCUUUAGUGAAGGAGGCAGUUUCGCGCUCUCCCGAUAGCAAAAUGAUAAAACUUCUAACAUUUGAUAUGUUGUUUUCGCCACCACGACGUUCGCGUGAAAACUCGUAAUAGAAUGACGACGGCUACCAUGUUUUCCCGCCAAAGUGACGCUGGCUCACGAGCGUGCACUACUUAGUAUUCUCGGUUUUCACUGUCACGCAAUCAAAAACAAAAUUGCAAACCAUUCAAUACAGAAAGUCCCGAAUCUAGGAAAUAAAAGAAGAUAAAUAAGCAAAAGGCCUCUCCAAGAAUCAGGUGUGUGCGAUAUUUCAUAUGCGAGAUAUUAGGAAAAACGUUUUACCCAAAUUUACAAAGCUUUGUAUGGCGACGCCAUGUUUGUGUCCCUUUGCGGGGCACAAAUAUGGCCGCCGGAAACCAACAGAAACAUCUGUUUUUGAGUUUUCCUACUAAUGCGUUAAUUCAUCGCUUGAAAAACUCAUAAACUAUUAAAGUGAUAUUUAUUCUGAGACAAGGAAUGUUUAGACAGCAAAAUCUCCCAAAAUUGGUAUUGUUUUUAACCCACAUAAGAGCCGUUGUGGCCGCCAGCUAAAUGCCACGUCACGCAAAAGCCUAGAAAUUCAAACGUCCUCUAUCGAAAAACGAAGAACCCUUUCGAACCAAAACUCUGUUUAAAUAAAGGUGUUUAGGUGCUGUAAUAGCUCAUGAAACUCAGAAACUCAGAAGAAUCGAUACUUUCUUAGUUUGAAUUUUGGUGACGUCAUGUGAAAACCGAGAAUUGGUUCAGCCUUCAGCCUAGGCGUUCUCGGCUCGGUCAAUCCCGGACUCUACCCUGAGCUGUGACGUCACCGAGAGAUACUCGCGCGGACAACAGGGCAAGAGAGAACGCCUAGGGACUAGGCUGGUGUUGGUUGACCAUUGAGAAAAUCUCGAACUCGUAGUAGUACUCGUCUUAGAAUCCGUAAAGCUUUCUAGUUACAGUUAACCCCAGCCCAUACGGUUAGAGCUACAAACCAGGCGUCCUAAUGACUUAUCAUUCAGUUUUUGAAAAAGCAUUUAUUUAUCUUAUCGACCAUUUUUUCUCUAUUUGUAUCACAAGGCGAUGGCUAUAUGGGAUGCUUUAAGAAGUCAAUUUUGGAUCAUAAUAUCAACGACUUUGUCCAACAGUCUUUAUCGUUAGUGACUCCCGAGAAAUGCGUUGCUCAUUGUAAAAGUAAAAUGCUUCCAUAUGCAGCCUUAUCAAAAGGAGACAGGUAA